CUUUAAGCUGAUGGCGGAACAGAGGCGGACUCCGCCAGACAAAGCGCUGAGCAAGACGUGCUGUGAUUGGUCAGACGCUCCAUGCCGCACAAAGCCCAACAGCGGCGUAGAAACAUCGUGCUUGAUGGUCGUCGUCUUGCAAGACUACGAGGCUUAAGAGGACUGAGGACGACAUCCUUCUGACGUCUUGCCGUCGUCGUGCAUAUCGGAUGCGGUGCGUGUGCGCCUGCGUGUGCGCUGCGGCGGCCAGCACGACGCCAGGCGGCUGAAGAUGUCUCCUUCCUGUCGGUGAUCAGCACCGCGCAGCUCCACGGCCGCCAUGGGCUCCAAGCUGAGCCGACACAACAGUUUGGACGCCGACGCCUUCUCCGGGAAGCGACGCGGGCUGCUGGAUGGCGAGCGUCGAGGCGGAGGAGACUUCCUCUUCGCCCUGAUGCUGAAAACAGACAAAGUGCCCGGCAUGCUGCGGAGGAGUAACCACAGCCCCUACGCCAGGAGGGUGGCCUGGAUCAAGCAGAUCCAGAAGCUGCUCCGAGACCGCAGGAUGGAGCAAGCUGGAGAACUUCUCAAACUGCUGAGGAAGGACCUGGGACUGGAAGGCAGCUCCCUCAAUGACAUCCUAUACAAGAACGCCGCAUUUCUCAAUCUGGUGGAUCCCAUUUCUCACGAGCUGCUGUUGAGUUUGGCCCGAGAGAUGCAAAAUCCCAAGAAGGAUGCAGACACCAUCAAGUCGUCGGAUAAAAUUUGCAGACAGCUGAUCUACCACCUGACGCCACAUUCCAAGUGGCUGAGGCAGAGCAUGUCCAGACAGAAGUCCCAGGCAUGUCUCAAGACGACGCUGCAGAAAAAGCUGUCCAACGACACGGUGGACCUGUCGGGCAUCCCCCUGUCCAGCAGGGAUGUCCGUCAGGUGGCCUUCUACCUCCAGAACAACAGAGACAGCGUGGCGGCGGUGGACAUCAGCUUUACCGAGCUCCAGGACGAAAACCUCAGGGUUCUUCUUCCCCUUCUGGCCUCAUUGCCCAAACUCAAUAACCUGGCCCUGAACGGCAACCGUCUCACCUUGGCUGUACUCAAAGACCUGACUGAGAUGCUGAAAGACCCCAAGAAGUUCUCCAGCUUGGCCUGGAUAGACCUGGGCAACAACGUGGACAUUUUCACCAUGCCCCAGCCGCUGUUGGUGGCUCUGCGGCGGCGCUGUAGCCUGAAGAGCAGUCUACCCACCAUUUAUGAGUACACAGAGGGCCAGCCCUACUCCUACCACCUGGAGACGUCUAUCGAAGAGCCGAGUCACUACGAGGAAGAGGAGGACGAAGAGGCACAAGAGGGCGUGGUUGACAAAUAUGACUUGGAGCCGUGGAGCUUAGGUGAGAAGCAGCUCUCCAAAGAAUUCACCUUUCACUACUGCGAGAGGUGAAGGAGUGUGCUGUCGCACAGCGAGGCCCAGAAUCUACCUUUAGCUGGACCACCCUCACACCCACCAGCCCAGUCACCCUCUUAGGCACAAGGGAAGGGAAACAACAUUGCGAAACUCUCAACCAAGCAAUUUCAAGACGUCACAGAAUGAACCUGCACCGGGUGACGGAGGAGUGGCAGCCACGGUUGUAGACUUACCGUGUUGGCGGAUGGCGCUCUUGGCAACGGGCUGCAGUUUCAUCGGAGGACUGGAUUCAUAGGAGAAGGGUCUCUUUCUCUUGCUGUGUCACGCACCCCCCCUUUACUCAAUCUCUGUCUGAUCGUAGCAGCUGAGAAGCCAAUACUAAUUUCAAUCAGUCGUCAGGCUGGAGAAGCAGAUUUCCGGUAGCCGCUCAAGUGGUUUUGAAAGCAGUGCGUCCCUCUGGGGUCCGGUCCGGGACUGAGACCAUCUCCGGCGGGCAGAGCUUCAACCCACAUUGUGUGUUCUCUGUUAAGCUCUCAACAAAAGCUAUGACACAAGUUCAACAGACUACACAGCCGUCGGCUCGUCACGUGACCCGAGCAAAACUGCUAGGUCAAGACUUUUUUUUUUCAACCCCCUUUCCUAAUGUCUACUUGUGGAUACCCUUGCGUACAUGUAAGCCCCAAGUAAAUACGUGUCUCUCACUCAAUGUUUUUGGUGUUUUGGUGAGCAAGGCAAUCUUGGAAGAGGACAGGUAGGACUCCAUAUUUGGUUAAAUGGCAGUGUCCACCUCUGUGAUGUAGUCAUUGCCGGUGUCUCGGUAUGUCCAUACCACCCACCUCUGUGAUGUAGUCAUUGCCGGUGUCUCGGUAUGUCCAUACCACCCACCUCUGUGAUGUAGUCAUUGCCGGUGUCUCGGUAUGUCCAUACCACCCACCUCUGUGAUGUAGUCAUUGCCGUUGUCUCGGUAUGUCCGUACCACCCACCUCUGUGAUGUAGUCAUUGCCGGUGUCUCGGUAUGUCCAUACCACCCACCUCUGUGAUGUAGUCAUUGCCGGUGUCUCGGUAUGUCCAUACCACCCACCUCUGUGGUGUAGUCAUUGCCGGUGUCUCGGUAUGUCCGUACCACCCAACUCUGUGAUGUAGUCAUUGCCGGUGUCUCGGUAUGUCCGUACCACCCACCUCUGUGAUGUAGUCAUUGCCGGUGUCUCGGUAUGUCCGUACCACCCACCUCUGUGAUGUAGUCAUUGCCGGUGUCUCGGUAUGUCCAUACCACCAACCUCUGUGAUGUAGUCAUUGCCGGUGUCUCGGUAUGUCCAUACCACCCACCUCUGUGGUGUAGUCAUUGCCGGUGUCUCGGUAUGUCCAUACCACCCACCUCUGAAUCCACACAGCACACAAAGUCAUGUAAGCAGCUGUUGUCUUGUCUUUGUUCAUUGGAUGAUGUGUCAGUUGUCCCUCACGUAUACCUACCGUUCUUCAGUGGUUCUCUGGGUUUUUAGGACUGUUACCUGGUGACUUAGACAGACUUGAAGUGGCCGUGUCUUUUGCAGUAGCACACGAGGUCGGACUGACUCAAACACUGCGAUGCACUUCAAUGCACUUUUUUCUGUGUGUUUCUCCAUAUUGCAUAGCUCUAGAGACGAGUAGCAUGAGGAGGCUGUUGUCUUUAAAAUGCUGAUCCAAAUGGCUCCUGAUUGUUCUAAGAACCUGUUCCGUCAGAAUAUACUCCUAAAUGUUUAAAUGUGUAUUUUAUACACGUGUUGUUACAGUAAAGUGUCUGACUACCGAUGUAAUGAUUUGUGUUCUGUUGUCAUUUGUCCAAUUCUGUGACUAUAGCGGCUCUCAAUACAUCAAAGGGUGUCUACUGGAGUCAUUGGGCAGUAACCAAAGGCCAAAAUAUGUAACUUCAUUUGUGAUUGCAGCACCUUUUAUGUUGGUUUGUUCAAGUCUGAGCAAGGGAGAACACUUAUCCACUUUGUAGCGUCUUUCAUGUAUCCACAUUCCCUUGUAGCUUGUAUUUGCUAAAGCCAAAUUCUGCCAAUAAAACAAUUGAUCCACUGA